CAGGUGACGAUGUUUCGUCGUUUCCUAUCAUUCUUUCUCGCCAAGAUGGCGGCCUGCAAGUUCUACAUCGUCAUUAUCAACGUUGUUGCUUUGCUUUUUGGUGCAAAAUCGCUCAACAAUGGACUUGCAAGGACUCCACCAAGUAAGAUUUCAUAACUCUUAGCAUUACGAAGUUCUAUACUAGAUCUACUCUGCACUUGAAAUUUCUCGCAGCUCCCAAAGUUUCAUAUGCAAGAAAAACAAAAUUAGUUACAAGGAUAAAGUUUUUGUUUAGAUAAAACUAAAUCCUUUUGGUGCUAGCAUAAGUUUUUGCAACACAUUUGAAUUUUUAUAUCAACGAUUGAUGCAAAUUCAUAUUAGCUAACUACAGAAUACCCUGCCAAUUUAAAGCAACCCUAAAAAUAUACCUACCAACUUUUUCUGAGUCAAAUGCAAAUGCUUGAUGAGGUUUUGGUCACACUAAAGGAUUUCAUCCACAGACUCAAAAGUUGGAGCUUUACUUGCAAAUUAAACAAAUACAGUCAACUGGUCUCAACUCCUUCUUAAUGGACACCUCUAUAAUAUUGGAUGGACACCUUGCGAAAAUGAACACCUAGAGUUUUUCCCUUCUUUCUUUUCCUUGUUUCAUUAACCCUCAAAUCCUGUUGAAGUUCCGAAAGUUUUUUGCAUGUUCAUUUGCAAUUUAUUGCUUAAAUUGCAACUACCACUGUGACGAUCACAUCUUCAUAUUUUAUAUUUUUAUUUCCUUAGUUCACAUUAUCUUCAUUAUAGUAGACUCUUUAUUAGACGGAGACAGACUUCCAGCCCCAGAGGUGUCCAUCUUGGGGAUCCAUAAUUAGCGUCAUCUGAAAAUAUUGCUGAAGAUGUCACGGUUUUAUUUUGCAACUUUUGUGACUGACAUCACUUGGUGUAUUGUACGGGGUCGUAACAUGGUAUAUGGGCUCAGGGCUCAAAGCCCAAAAUAUGACCGGGAUCAGGGCUCAGAGGAAAGGGCUCAGGGCUCAGAAGAAUGGGAUCAGGGAUCACAAGGCUUUUGAGCCCGAAUCAGGGAUCAGAUUUAUUACACGGUCUAAAAAUCUCUUAUCACAAAAUUUUUCCGCUUAAUAAGGUUUGUGUCCGUAGAAUUUGUCAUGAAUCAGACCAACCCCAGUCUUUAAAGUUUAGAAAAUUGCUUAGCGUGUAUACGUUGCAGGUCAAAAUUAAAUUCAAGCUAAAUUUUUUUAACUGAGGUUGAUUCUUAAUUUCCUUUGCCUCCUAGUCCUAAUUAUUCAUGAAUUAGUGCUAGGAAACUAAGGAAAUUGAGAAUCAACCUACAAUCUGCGUCGCAAAUCGUUGAAACAGAAACCAUUUAUCUUGAAUUUUUUUGAAAAUGUAUUGCAUUCACUCUUCUCACCUUAGUUCUCACUCAAGUGUGCCCUUCUCCUUCACCAAUAUUUCAAGAGCCACAUGUAUUUUGGACCACUGAGAUGACUGUAAUACCCAAAUCAACAUUGGGGAAGGGGAAAAUCACCCAAGUGUUUCAAGAUUUGUGACGAGUAUCGUAGGUUAAAAAAUCUUAAUCUGAAUUUAACUUCGACCGAAUAUAAACAUGAUUUACAGUUAAAGCACUGGGCUCAAGUGCUAAAAUGCAUUACUUUUUCCCCUUUCUUUCAGUGGGAUGGAUGGCCUGGGUAAAGUUCCGUUGCUAUAUAAGGUAAUGUUAAUGGCUGGUUAGAUAACUCAUUGGGUUAUUACGUCACCUUCGUUGAAUAAAGAAUAUUGUAUUGUAUUGUAUUGUUAGCAGUAGUGGUUAACUAUAACAUUAAUUUAGAACGUUAUUAUUCCUGAUCAUCAUAAACCUCUUUAGCUUAGCUUUCCCAAUAUAGUCAACUUGGUUUGUUGCGGAACUGUAGGGACCUUGGGCUGGCGUCGUCAUUAGCAAGGGUCCGUAAUAGCGAGAGAUUAUUUCAGUCAAAUGUCUGUACAGCCUAACCUCUCCUUGCGCACACCUCUGUAAUGUGGACACCUCUCUCUUUCGGACAGUUCAUUUGAUCCCAGAAAUGCCAAAAAUCACACAUUCCCUUCCUCUAUAAUACAGACACCUCUGUAAAGCGGACACUUGGAUCUGUCCCUUUGGUGUCCAUAUUAAAGAAGUUUGACUUUAAUUUGCCUUUCCGGGGAUUUGACUGCUCUCUGUAUUAUCAGGGUGUCCGUUAUAGCGGGGUGUCUGCAAGGUCAAAGUUUGCUGUAUGGGCAAUCUGAUUGCUAUAAGGGAAUUUUCUCUUUAAUUGUUGAUCUUUCUAUAGCGAAUGCUUACAUGCAUUCACACAUGAGAAUAAUAUGAAAUUUGAAAUGUAAGGCUCUUUAGAUUGCAGAAGCUCAACCCCAACUGACAAUAAUAUUUUCAUAUCAUUUUCUAUUAUUUACUUGCAGAACCAUGUUAUAGAUAUUAAAUAUAUAGAUAUGGCUGAAUGAUUUCUAUGUGCAAUUUUUAAUUUGGUACCUUUUUACUUGUAUGUUAUUUUUAUUUUAGUUUUCUACCUGUUACAUGUUAGUACAUAUCGGUUAAACUAACUUGUUUUUUUCUUUUUUUAGUGAAGACCUUGUAAAAACAAUGGCAGAUCACAUUGUUUCUGCUGGUUACAAAGAUGUUGGUUAUGAGUAUGUUUCCAUUGAUGUAAGUAAAGUAAUCCACUGUGAUGUACAUGUUUUUUGUCACAGUUUUAUUCCCUUUAAGUGACAUAAAGUUCUGAAAGUGCCACUUUCAAUGGGGCAGUACUUUUCAAAAAUCCGACACUAACUUUAAUCUACAUAAUUCUGACUUUAUGAUUCCUAGAUUCAACACAAUAACUUUUGGUAAACAUUGUAUAAAAUAUCUUGGUCUGUAUCCACAGCAUAAAUUACCAAUAGCCUUAAGAACGUUAACUGAAAUUGAUAAAUGUAAAAAGAAAUUAGGAAAAGUGAUUUGGCUGUUAACUUGACGGAAAACAAAUGUGGGUGGGAAUGCACCAAGGAAGCUCUUAAAUCUUUCUUGCUUUGUAUAUAUAAAAUAUUUGAUUUAACUGUUAUUAUUUUAGUUUAUUGCUCUACCUAUAUAUUGUUUAUUUCAUAGCAUCCCCAAUUAGCUUCGUAGCUAAAGUACCUGACACUUAAAUAAAGUUUAUUACCAUUAUUAUUAUUAUUGUUCACCAAAGUAGAUAACACUGUUGUUUCAAACACUUGAAAGUUCUGAUUCUAUUAGUUAGAUCCUUGUACAUGUUUCCACAUGGUUAGUUAAAUCACUAUAAAUAAAAUGAAAACUGCCUCAGCCUGCAUUGCUGGUAUGACCUUGGUCUACUCCACUGUUGUUGCAAUUCAAUAGAAGCACUAUAAAAUGCAAUUUAUUAUGUACCUAAGUUCUCACACAUAACACCAGCUCUAUACAAACUUCGUUGGCUUCCUAUCACCUGUCGUGUCAAGUUUAAGAUUCUAAUAUUUUUACUUUCAAAUCAAUUUACAGACUGACGCCAUCCUUUUUUAGCGAUCAGUUUGAUACAGCUCUGUGGAAUAGCCUACCGGCUGACCUGCACAAUAUCAUGACACUUAGUGUUCUUAAAGACAAACUUAAGACAUUUUUGUAACAUAUAUAUUAAUUAUUAUUUUGUGAAGCGCUAUUGAUCAGCAUACAUGUAAAAAGCACUAUAAAUGAACAAGUUUUUAAAUUGUGAUUAUUAUUAUUAUUGUUGUUGUUGUUGUUGUUGUUGUUGUUGUUGUUGUUGAUGACAUCAAAGCUGCUACUAUUAUUUUAGGAUUGUUGGAUGGCACACAAUCGCACAGCAUGGGGAGAACUACAACCAAAUCCAACAGCUUUUCCUAAUGGGAUGAAGGCUGUUGCUGACUACGUGAGUAUCCAGACGAGGUUUAUAAUAAAGAGUGUUAGCAACAACAACGGCAAUGGGAAUGACUGACAUAUCAAAAAAGCAAUAGUUUUAAGAAGCAAAACAACAACCCUGCAAGUGCAGCACACUUUUUUGUACAUUUCUUUGCCAUCAAUGCACGGCUACAUAUUUUUCUUUUUUUCUUUCCUCAAAACUCACAUUGGGUCCUCAAGAAUUUUAUACCAAAACCAUCCUAAGGAAAUGUUGUUGGUUUCACAUCCCAACUGUAUGUUUCAUUGGUCAAAAGUGUGUUAAAUUUGUCACACUUCAAGAGUGGAUGUAAAUAUUAUUGUUUUCUUUUUUUGAAAAAAUGUUUGAAUGUAUAAUGGUAAUGAUAUAUAAUAAAAUUUAUUUGUUCCAUUUAUCCAGGUCCAUUCCAAAGGCCUUAAGCUAGGAAUUUAUGCAGGUGUGUUUGAGUAGUGUACAAUAAUAAAACAGCUGGGUCUGGAAGGGAGCAGGGGGUGCCUGAUCCAGCACUCCCACUCCUUUUUCAUGAAAAUCCCGCUUCCCCCUGUUUUUUUCGUUGCUUUCCCAAAUUCCGUUUUUAGUUUCCUUAAUCUGUGUUAAGUUAAAAAAUUUAUUGCUGCAGAAGCUUAUAAAAUUUAAUAUAACAUGUACAUGUAGGUUGACCCUUUCAAUGAUAUUUUGAAUUUAUGCAAGUUUUAAGGCCAUUGCAAAAAAGAACUAAUUUCUGAACAUGUGGAGCAAGUGCAAGAAAGAACAACACCAAAACUAUCACUGUCUGAUUCAAGGUAGCAGAGCUGAGAGACAUUUAAAAAAAAAACAGGUCGUUAAACUUUAUGCUAGCGGUAGGUGCGCUUUCCUGGUGUUCAGUUUAACCAUGCCAGUGGGUCUUCUGUCUGCUCGUCUGUUGAUUACUUGACAGUUUGGAUAAUUUGCCUUGAUAGGAGAUACCACUGUAUGCUCCCCUGGUUGAUUCACAUUAGCUGCUAGAACAUAUGAUUUCCGGAAUUUCCAACAGACAGGCAGGAAAAUCCCGCAUCCCGUGCCUAAAUUCUUGUGAAUCCUGCUUCCCGGGUAGCUGCAGUCAAAUCCCCAGUGAACUCCAUUUCCCUCAAGAUAUUUUCCCAAAUCCCACUUCCUGCACUGUAUUUUGUUCAAAUCCCAAAUCCCAAAUAUACAUGUACCCUUCCAGGCCCCGAAUAAAAUAAUGUUAUGUGAUUUUAAUGGGUUUUUUAAUUACCUGACUCAUUUUCAUGCGGUAUCAAUUAUUAUUUAAUAUACAUGUGUAUGCCUAUACUGUGUCUUGGUUGGUAUUUAUGUAUAUGCUACUGGUCAAGAUUAAAUUCAAGUGAAAGUUUUUUUUAACCUCAGAGGUUGAUUCUCUAUUUGUGUUGUCUCUUAUUCAUGAAUUAGUGCUAGAAGACUGACAAAGAGAAUUGAGAAUCAAGCUACUGUAGAUUAAAAAAAAUUAACCUGAAGAGUAUAAUAAUAUUUUGACCUGUAACAUAUACAUUAAGUAUAGAAUUUAAUGUUUAUAAAUCUUGGCAAUACUGUUUGCAUAUUUAUUCUUGUUCAUCCCUUAGAUUCCGGACUUAAGUUAUUAUAUAGUUUCAAUUUUUUGAUAGCAUAAUAGUCAAAACCAGGAAAUAAACUGAUGGAUUUGAAAGGCUAACAAGUUUGUUAUGACUUGCUGUAUGUGAAGUUAAGCUCAACAAUCAUUGGGGUUACUUUAUUCAGAUAUUGGAAUUAGAACAUGCGCAGGAUUUCCAGGAACUGCAGGUCACUUUCAGCAGGACAUGGAUGUGAGUUGCUAGUUGUAUUGAUUUUUUUCUAACUUGACUUCUUUUUAUAGAGCAUUUUCACAAUGGCAUCAUGGUUGCUAUAUUGGUGCUCCAAAACAAUGAAAUGACAGCCAUGUUGGCUUACAAAGCCAUUCCUUUGGGAUAGUUGAACUCUUUUUUUUAUGUGAAAGUACUGGAUGGAUGCCAAGUUUUGUUUGUUUUCAUGUGCCGUAUAAUUAGUCCUUGAAUCUAAACCAUAAUAUUCAGGCAUGUCACUAAGGAAUAGCUAAGCAGGCUUCUUCAUUAGACAAGCCUGCUUUUUUACUCAUUUUAUGCAUUCUGCUGUAUUUAUUAACAGCUUUAAUUUUACUGAUCAUUGUUCAUUCAAUCAGACAUUUGCCAGCUGGGGUGUGGAUUAUCUUAAACUAGAUGGAUGCAAUUCAGUUGAGGCACAAUUUGGUACACUUUAUCCAGAAGUGACUGUGGCUUUAAACAAGACUGGUCGUCCUAUCGUAUUUUCUUGUAAUUGGCCAGCAGACCAGACUUUUAAGCAUAUAAAGGUAUUGUUCACAAAUUAAAAAGACAAAUGAAAAGGUAACAUUAUUAUUAAGGUGAAUUUAUUAUAUAAGCUGUUAUAUUUGAAAUGAUGAGAUUACAUUCAUGAAAUGUAAUUCAAUCCUUUUACUUUUAAUAGUUGGUAAAGAAUAGCACCAUUUACAGACAAAACAUCAAAUAGACUGGGAUUCUGCGACAUGUAUAACAUAUUCUACAGACUACUAUCAAUGUCUUACUUUAGAAAGCUGGUUUACUAACUUAGAGCAAACGACUGAUUACGAGUCUUCAUAGCCAAUAACAUCAGGGCUUCACUGACAGACGACCAAUAACAUUGCAACGUAAUUGACCAAUCAGAUAAAUAACCAGAGUAUAAUACCAUCAACUGACGUGAUACAACUCACUUUGACUCUGAAGAUGACUACCGCACAGGUUGUCAAAAUGUCCGUCACUGUCAACAACAACAGUCCUAUUCAGGACUAUGUUCACCCAGAUGAUCAAACUCAACCUUCUUUUGAAAUGACCCCUGGGUUCAAACCUUUCACAAUAAUAUUCCUCUAUUUGUAGAAUCCUAAGAAAUAAAUAGUGCCAUACAAUCAUUUUUCCAAAGAAGUUUCAUUGGAGUGGUAACACCGUAGGAUUUUGUCCAGACUCAAAAGUUAGAACUACAUACAUAGUACCGAUUUAAAUUGUGAAAGUACUGCUGAAGACGUUUCAUUUGAAUGGUAACACCAUAGGAUUUCCUCCACAGAGAUUUUAAGGUUAGAGCUUGACAAUCUUGCAAUAAUGCUGUACAGGAGUGAAAUAGAAUAAGGAUUUGUGUUCUAUGUUACCAGUACGAUGCCUGAAUUACUAUUGAGAUAUGAAUCCACUAAUUUAACUGACUGUCUGGACACUGGGUAAGCCAUAGACUCAUGUGUUCCCUUGAAAGGAGUGAGACUGUGUGAAAGAUAAUUGUGGUAGUGAGUUUUUUGUUCCAGGCCUUUCUUGGAAGUCACUGAGCAUGGAAGCUUUUUGUUGUACUAAAAUAGUUUCUGUUUUUAUCAAACAGCCAAAUUAUAUGCAGGUUGCUGAAAACUGUAACUUAUGGCGCUCCUGGUGGGAUAUGGAUGUGAGUACCAUGCUACUGGUCUUUUCGCUACAAGUCAUUUCACAGCAGGGUCUUUUUUGCAUCAACUUGUCUUUAAAGCAUGACAACUCUUACGGUGAAACCAAAAAUGCUUUGCAGCAAAUCAACUUCAUGAUGCAGUGAAAAAUAAAUGACCAGACAAAUUAACACUCUAGAAGAAAAUUAUAAUUAAAUGUUUCACAGAGAAAUUUGGAAAAGGAAGAGGAUUGAGAAGUGAAAUUUCUGUUCACUUUUCAAAAAGGUUUUGUUCAGCUGUUUAUCUCUUUUUAAAGAGAUGACAAAGAGGAUCAAUGUGAAUUAAAUGCGAAAAAAAUUCUGUGAAAAUAGUAUAGCCUGUUAAAGCAAAGCCCCGGCGGGGGGGGGGGCUACUCCCACAUACAUACAUUCUCUUAAAUGAAAUCCAAACAAUGUUCUCACAACUUGCAAGGCAAUCAGCAAGGGUCUUGCCAGUGGAUUUGUGUACUGAUCAUGUGCAUUACGUCGAAAAUCAUAGAUCAACAGUUUUGAGAAGGAACAAAAACAUGGCUGUCCAAGGCGGAACUGUUUCGUUUAUUCAAUUUUUUAAUCAUUUUCUCUGCUGGGUGGCUUCUUGAUCUAUCAAAAUAUUCACUGUGAGAAAAAUACUGCUAUUAUCUGCUGAUCACCAUGCAGGGUGAUCAUUUUGCAAGUUGUGAGAACAUUGUUUCUCGGUCCCAAACCUUGUGUCCUCCACCCCCUGUGAACACGUAUUUGUAUAAUCAUUCUGGACGUAAUAAGGACUUAUAAGUUUGUUUACAUCAAAGACAAUGUAAAGUAUUUGAUAAAAUGCUUUUGUGAGCUUGUGAAACAAAAGUGAGAAAAGGUGUCUUGCUUUGUAGGCUUAAAACUGUUACUACUUUUUACUAGCUAUCAUUUUUGUGUUUUGUUUACGUUCUGUAGACAAACUUUGGAAGAGUUAAGUACAUAAUAGACUGGAUGGGUCAAAACCAAGAUGAUAUCAUCCCAGCCGUUGGGUGUGGAAAGUGGAAUGACCCCGAUCAGGUACUGAGAAGAGCACUGUUGAUAUGUGUAAAUUGGCCUUUACCAACAAACCUGUUUAACCAAGUCACCCCAUGUAAGGAAAUCCAAAACAGCAUUGGAUUUUGGAUUUAAUGCUGUGUAUUCUGGAUUCCAGGUACUGGAUUCCAGAUUCUUGGUCAGUGGGACUUGGAUUUCUGGUUCAAUUUUUCGUGGUAUUCUUUAAGCUGUUUUCCGGAUUCCAAUGCCCAGGAUUCUGGAUUCCACAAGGAAAAAUUUACUGAAUUCCAGAAUCCAGAAUCCGGACUCCCUUCCAUGUGGCAAAACCACGUGAAAGAAAAACACUUGCUAUUAGGAAGUGCUUUGUGUUCAACUCAAUGUUACGUUUGCAGCAGUCAUUAUUCUUAUCCCAUAUUUAAUUAAUUAAUUUUUUUAUUCGGUUCACAGCUUGUUGUUGGGGAUCAAGGCUUGACAGUUGAUGAGUCCAAGGUUCAGUUUGCUAUCUGGGCCAUUAUGGCUGCGGUAAGCUCACGAGUUUUCAGUUUACAGAAGCAAUAGCGCUUAUUCUUAAAAUUCUCUUGAAUUGUGGGAUUUUGCUAAUUUUACCCUCUUUUUUUGUUAUUUUGUUUGUUUAUAGCCUCUACAAAUGUCCAAUGACCUCCGCGAUUUCCCAGACUGGGCUAGAGAAAUAUUACAAAACCGGUAAGGUCUUUUCCUUGCUGUUUUUGAACAGGGAAAUUCCCCCGGGACGCAUUUAUUUGAAGGAAAGUUGUCGCCCCGGGUAGAAAGGUCACCCGCCCACCCGAGCUACCAAUGCGCCAACUUUUCAUACAUUUCCUCACACAACGUGGCAAACCGUUUACACAUAAGAAACAAAAAGUUGUUUUGGCUAGAACUCCAUAUAAACACGUGCCUCAACCAGCCAGGGCAAUUGGUCUAGGCGAGAUAAUCAGAGCGUGCGCGAGCUCUGUUGUAGACAGUCAGAGCAUGCGCUUUCGCCGUUGGCUCGGGUAAAGGGGUGAACUGUUUUCUCAUAGAAACACUCAGUAAAGUUGACUUGGCUUUGAUGGUGACUCUUCUCCCCGGGCAGGACAGGUUUUCUCCAUUUAAACGGAGCCUUAGUAGAGAACAAAUGAACAAAACACAAGAAAUGUAUAUAUCAUACCUGAAACUCAAUGUGAUUUCUUUUAAUAAUAACUUAUUCCCCAAUCCUUGGAGCCAAGAAUGAAUUUCAAUGGUAACCGGUCAUUUCGCCCCCUAGUCAGUCAUUUCGCUUUGGUUACUUAGCCCCCUAUUUUUGAGUCAGUUAGUGCGCUUUAAAUUAACCUGAGAUCAGGCCCAUUUUUAGCGGUUCUUGUACAUUCUCUCUAACUGCCAAAAUUGAACAGCGCUAAAAUCUCUUUUCGUUUCGCCUUGCCCGCCGGAAUGUUAUUUACAAAGCGAAACGAAAAUUGAGCCUGAUCUCAGGUCAGCUUUAAAUGUAAUAUUUCUCUAAGCUAUAAAGCAAAACAAGCGCGCUUCAAAUGUAACAUUCCUCGUUCUUUAAGCCAUAAACUAAAGCAAGCACGCUUCAAAUAUAAUACUCCUCGUUCUAGAAUAGGGGGCUAAGUAACCGGGGCGAAAUGACUUAGGGGCGAGAUGACCGGUAACCAUUUCAGUAUAUAUCGCAACUUGUCUGUUUUAUGCUUAGAGUACCUAGCAGCGCCCGAAUGCAGGAGGUGCGAGAUCGGCUACGCUGCCAUCCGCUUUCUAACGCUGAUAAUUCUUUUACAUUUACUUUUACGUACAAUAGCUUCUAAAGAGACACUUAACAGCGUUCUGCCGAUGCUUUUCCUCUAUUCUCCCAUUAACACCAACCUGGUCUCUAUUUUAUUUAUUGAGAUAUAUUUUAAUUUAUUUUCAGAGAAGUAAUCGCUGUAAAUCAAGACAAACUCUGCAAAAUGGGACGAAGAGUUUUUAAGGCAAGGAGUUCGCUAGUAGCUUACUUGUUGGCGUUUUGUGAAACGCGCUUCAGUGAUAUUCAUCAUUUUUGCAGCACAGUGUUUUUGUUGUUGUUGUUUUUUUGGCAACUGACAGAAGUGCCUUUUGUGAUAACUGCGAGUUCAGUUCAUAGUAAAUAUCAUAAGAGUAAUGGAUUAUUAUCCAUCCUUCUUAGAGCCAUCGUUCCUCAGUAGAUUUACAGUUUAAGGCUACACGAUUGAAACUGGGCAUGCAAAAAACCUUUCUCGUGAAUUAACUAACAAGUUUUGUGGUCAGUUCCUUGUCAUCUAACCUAUCACGCAGGCGUUUUUAGGGACAAAACGCGAGCUCCCCUAAAAACGCCUGCACGUGAGGCUACCUGUUAUCCUGCGUAAAAAGCGUUUGCGCGCGAGUGUGUCGAGAACGUUCGUUAAAGUGCAAAAACGAGGAAAGAGGGGAUGGGGAGGAAGGGAAACUUUUCCUCUUUUCCCUUCCACCUCCCCCUUCGAUCUUCCAUUUCUUUUACUCUCCCUCUAACGUUCCCGCAAUAACGCGAUUGAAAACUGAACGCUUUCUACGCUGGCUAGUUCCCUGUACUUGACUUGAAGUCUGUCUUUGUGGUUGUUUUCAGGGUGAAGAGACUGAAGUCUGGGCUCGUCCUUUGUAUGAUGGCUCCGUGGCUAUCGCCUUGUUUUCCCGAGCACAGUACAGAGGAACAAUGUUUGCAUCAUUUGAAAUGGUAAGCACCGUUUGUUCACACAAUAGGCUGAAAAAAUCGCCUUGGGCCGUCUAAUUUUGGAAUACGUGGCAAGCGAGAUCUGGGGAGGGGACAAAACUACUCUGGGCACCGGGGCAGGGGCUGAAAAAUAACCAUGGUGGGAAUGGUCAGGCUUCCUCCACCAACUUUGAACGGUAAAAUUAUAUUGGUGAUCUCUUUGGUUAAUUUCAGGUUGGACUGCCUUCGUCAAUGGCUACGGCCCGUGAUCUCUUUGAACACAAAGAUCUUGGAAAAUACCAAGACAUGUUUACGGCAGAAGUAAAUCCGAACGGUGUGGUGAUGGUCAAAUUAACUCCAGUAAAGGAAUUGCCGUAA